AUGGAGUCGAUGGUGAGAAGCAGGGGCGUGAACCCCAUCAUCAUCAAGCUUGGCGUCCCAAUCGGUCUCACCUUCGCAGGUUUCAUCGUCGCCCAGCUCUCGUCUCGCGCCCGACCGCGCGUUCCCUCUCCUGCUGCUUCCACCCAUCGUUAUUCUUCAGGUGCCCUGUCGCAAGCCACCGGGAGGUCAAGCGUUGGUCUCAAAGAACUUCGACUUCUAAAAGGCAAAGCGGCUUUGGCGACGAUCGUCAACGGCACUUCGACCACCACCGCGCUGCGUUUGGCUCCGACCAAGACGAGCUCCGGCGACGACGAGUGCGAUCACACGGUGAAAGAUCUGGAAGCCUCCCGCCCCAAGAACCCGGCGAUCGAAGAGGACAGUGCGACGGAGCAAGAGAUAGCAAGCCUUCGGAGCUUGGUUUGCUCCCUCCAAGAGAACGAGAGGAGCCUGGAGCUCCAACUGCUGGAGUAUUACGGAAUGCAAGAGCAGGCGGCCGCCGUGAGAGAUCUCGAGCGCCAACUGCAGAUGAGCUCGACUGAAGCAAGAGGCUCGAAGCUCAGCUCGCGGAUCUUCCGAGAGUGA